UCGACGCAAUGGUUGUUCUGCAUUCUACUUCACACUCGUGUCACAAGUGUGAGGCUUGAGAGCUUUUGCAACGUCGCUCCUGCUCGUGUCUCACGAUGCAAGCUUACAUACAAUAUCGACAAUUCACUCCGCCAGAUGAAAGUGGCCCGAGCCGUCGGAGUAGAUCGGGUCCACCGACGCCUAUCGAAUCAUCCGUUACCGCCGGCUCUGAGGAAGAUCAUACACCUGUCACAUCGACCAGCGGUGCUUCUUCUCAAACGACGACAGUGAUCGCUCCUGAGAAUACAGACGCGCAGGAGAAGCCUACCAGUGGCGAUUACGUGGAAUUCGAACCGGAUGAUCCAUGUAAUCCGAGGAACUGGUCUCCGCUGUAUCGUUACUGGGUCGUUGGUCAGCUCACCUUCCUCACACUAUCUCUGACAUUCGCGUCUGCUGCUGGAGCGCCGGCCGAAGCAGGUUUCAGAGCAGAAUUUGACUGUGACGAGAUCACAGCGACGGCCGCCACGGGAUUGUUCUUGGUCGGCGCAGGUUUGGGAGCAUUACCCACCGCUCCACUAAGCGAACUGUAUGGUCGUCUACCUGUCUACGUUAUCACAGUGCUCAUCGCUACGUUGUUCGAGAUUGGAUGUGCUUUGGCGCCCAACGCUCCGGCUUUGUUGAUUCUCCGAUUCUUUGCUGGUCUAGUGUCUUCGGCGCCUCUCAGUAAUGCUGGUGGAACAUUGCACGAUAUCGGGACUCCAGUCUCACGGACGAUCCAAUUCCCAGUCUUUGCCUCGGCAGGCUUUCUCGCACCCAUACUGGCCCCGGUCAUGGGCGGUUACAUCGUCACGGAUGCAAGAUUCGGUUGGAGAUGGAUGUACUGGGUCUCAGCCAUUUGGAACGCAUUAGCCUUCCUGCUCGUUUUCUUCUGCAUGCCAGAAACUUUGGCUCAAGCAACGCUCAAGCUCAAAGCUGUGAGGAUGAGAAAGGUCACUGGCGAUCCGAAGUGGCGGGCAAAGAUGGAGGACAAUAAAUUUCUCCCGACGCUCAAGAACACUCUCAAGCGGCCAUUCCAGAUGAUGGCGGCUGAGCCGGUCCUCCAGUUCUUCAUUGUCUAUUUGACCGUGGCCUACAUCUGUUUAUACGGAAGCUUCACCGCGUAUCCCUUGAUAUUCGCCGACCAUGGCCUUAACCAGCGACAGAUCGGCUUGACCUUUAUCCCCAUUGGAGUGGGAUUCCUCAGCUUGACGCUUGUCUACGCUCUCCAUUUGAUACGUUACAAAGGCUUGGUACGGGAUGCUCAUCAGGGAAAGCAGCGAAGAGGUAUCUACGAGGGCAAGGUUGAGCCAGAGGAGAGGUUGAUUCCUCUCAUGGCUGCCAAUGUGCUCUUCCCUAUAGGCUUGUUAUGGCUGGCAUGGACCUCUCAAUCACAUUUUAAUGUCUGGAUCCCGAUCGUCAGCGGCUUGCCAUUUGGGAUCGGUCUCUUGUCAAUAUUCCAAGCGUCCAUGCUGUACAUCCAGGAUGCAUAUGGGCAAUACGCUGCGUCUGCUGUGUCCACUACGACUCUGGUCCGAUACGUGGUGCCAGGUUUCGUCAUUCUUGCGUAUCCGCAAAUGUAUCAGACUCUGGGGAACGCAUGGGCCACGACCUUAUUUGGUAUCAUUGCCGCUGUCUUGACACCCGUUCCGUUCAUCUUCUACCUUUACGGCCGCAAAAUUAGAGACAAAUGUACUUGGACCGUAAAGGACUGAUCAGAUGUACUUUUAGAACAUGGAGCGCUUCCCAGAUAUGUCCAUUUCGGUUGUUAGAGCUUUCUGUCUCCCUAGACGUAUCAAUCAAUGCCCUGUAGCAUCAGACCCAGUACAAGAUGCAUUUCAAUG